AAAUAUUUCCUUCAAAUAUGUGUUCAAUGUCUGUGGUAUGCCCGUUGUGUGCUCAAAUGAGUUUUGCUAAUAUCGACGCACUACGUAAUAGUCUGAUAAAGGCAGCAAAUGGUCCACUACCGUGUCCUAUUUGUCAUGAAUUGUUUUUAGGUUUAGAUAAAUUGACAAUACAUUUAUUUACGCAUACAAAUCUACUUUACAUGAAUUCAACGGAUAAUGAUUCUCAUGUGCUUCAAAUUUCAAAAGCAGUAAAUACCGUUUCACCAACGACUGUUAAACAAGAAACACAGCAGUUAUUGAGUAAAGCAUCAGUAUCAGCGUCGAAUUUAAAAGAGAAGAAAAUAAAGAAGUCGAAACAACAAAAAAAUUCAGUUUCUAUUGAAACGCAUCUGCCUACAUUUUCACCGCCGCCUACGACUGAAGCACCCACCGUGAAACCCUUUUCUGUGUGUGAUGUUUGUGAACUCAACUUUCGUAAUGAGCAACUACGCGAUAUGCAUUUUCGAUUGGUACAUCAAAAUAUUGGCUCCAUUCAAACAAACUCUGCUGAAAUUUCGAAAGAAGCUUACUUAAAAUGUCACCUGUGUUCAAAAACAUUUAAAAGAAAAGGUUCUUUGCGCUUACACCUUAAAGUCGUGCAUUCUAUGGGAUUACCAUAUGAAAAUGAUUCACCUAAAAUGAGUAUAUGUGAUCGAAUACGCCAUAAGGAAACAAACACUAAACAACCGUUACUAGGAAAUAGCACAGGUUUAAUGGGUACUGCAACAGUAAGCCCGAGUAAUACAAUUUCAGUUAAUACAUAUACUCUUCUACCUAACACAAAUCCUAAUGGUGCUUUACAACAUUUUAUACAACAUCCAACCAACAACACUAUUGUGAACUGCAAGACUAAUGACGAACUGCUGCCAACUGCCAUGCGGAACAAUAUAGAUUCUAAUGUCUUGCUAGUUAUCAAUGCCGAUUUAGCAGGGCCUUCAACAAGUAUUGACACUCUACGAGAUAUAAAUCCGUACGCAGCUGUUGCGGACAGCACUAAAAUAUGGGAUUGUGAUGUAUGUGGAAAAUCUUUUACCACGAAAUAUUUUCUCAAAAAACACAAACGUUUACAUACUGGUGAAAUGCCAUACACCUGCCAAAUAUGUGCACGCACUUUUACUUUCCAGCAAUCAUACCACAAACAUAUGCUCUAUCAUAGCGAUGAUAAGCCCCACAUCUGCAGUGUUUGUAAUCGGGCAUUUAAGGAGCUAUCAACAUUACAUAACCAUGAACGUAUACACAGUGGUGAAAAACCAUUUAAAUGUGAAGUGUGUGGGAAAUGCUUCCGACAACGAGUUUCCUUUUUAGUACAUACACGCAUCCAUACAGGUGUUAUGCCUUAUAAAUGUGAUAUAUGUGACAAAAGUUUUCGAUACAAAGUAUCUUUACGUACCCAUAAAUGUUUAGCAAGUGCAACACCAACAGAUUCAAGUGAAAAUACAGCAGAACAAGUGAACUUCUUUCAAAAUAUAUUGGAGGAAAAUUCAAUUCAUUUGACAAGCACACCGGAAAAAUCACCAACAAGUAUUGAAAUUUCUACAAUCACUGGACAAUGCAACGACAGUUAUAAUUCAAAAACAGUGCUUGAUGAGGAAGCCAUACGACUAUCAAAAUCAAUUGAUGAUCUUGUGGUGGAAUCAUGUAACAAACUGGGAAUAGGUAACGAAGACACCAAUAGUAUAAAUCAAAAUAUCACGGAUACCUCGGUACCAAGUAAUUUAAAUGGAUUUAUGAAUCACAAUACAAGUACUUCGACUGAUGAUUUGACAACACAGCGACUUCAAAAUAUGCGUUUAUAUUCACCACGAUUAAUGGUGGAGUUAAAUAAUAUUGAUUAUAAUUUUCCUGGUUUUCUACUUGAUGAUGUGGGUAAUAAUGUAAAAAUGAUGUAGAUAACAAAAUUUGAUAGCA